AUGGUCGCUACGCAAGAUGCGGUCUUCGGUGAGCUCACAGAGGAGGGUCCCAACUACCGAGCAGUCGGAUGGAAAGGUGCGGUUGUGCUGAUGCUCAAGACCCAAAUCGGUUUGGGUGUGCUAUCCAUCCCCGAGGUCUUUGAUGUUCUUGGUCUCAUUCCCGGUGUCAUCUGCCUGGUUGCUAUUGCGAUCUGCACCUCCUGGUCGGGUUACAUCGUAGGUGUAUUCAAGGUUCGCCAUCCCGAUGUGUACGGCCUCGAUGACGUCGGUCGCAAAAUCCUCGGUCGCUUCGGCUACGAGUCAUUCGGCAUCGCGUUCGCGCUCUUCUGCAUCUUCGUCGCCGGUUCCGGUAUUCUCGGCAUCGCGACCGAUCUCAAUGCGCUUUCCAGCCAUGGCGCCUGCACGGCCAUUUUCGUUGCGGUCGCCGCCGUUGUCGGUUUCUCCCUCGGUAGCAUCCAGACCCUGGGCAGGAUCUCAUGGUUGGCAUGGGUCGGAACUAUCAGCAUUUUGGUCUCGAUCCUGAUCCUGACCGUCUCCGUUGGUGUUCAAGAUCGCCCGUCCGCCGCUCCGCUUGAGGGAGAGUUCAAGUCGAACUACAAGCUCUUUGGCAGCCCUGAUGCCGCCGGCGCUUUUGCCGCGCUUUCGUCCAUCGUCUUCGCCUACGCCGGCGUACCCGCAUACUUCAACAUCGUCUCUGAGAUGCGCGAUCCUCGUGACUUUACCAAGUCGCUCAUCUACUGCCAGACCAUCAUGUCGGCUGUAUACAUUGCCAUCGGUGUGGUUGUGUACUACUACUGUGGUUCUUACGUCGCAUCGCCUGCGCUUGGAUCUGCGGGUCCCUUGAUGAAGAAGGUCUGCUACGGAAUCGCCCUGCCUGGUCUGAUUGUCAGCACCACUAUGUACAUCCACUUUGCCGCAAAGUACUUCUUCAUCCGAUUCCUGCGCGGCACGUCUCACCUUGCCCGCAACACCAAGAUCCAUUGGAUGACAUGGUUUGGCUGCACUGGCAGCGUAGCCGGCAUUGCCUACAUCAUCGCGAGCGCCAUUCCCGUCUUCGGCGGUCUCGUUUCCCUCGUCGGCGCGCUUCUCGGCACCCUCAUCUGCUUCCAGCCCAUGGGUGGCAUGUGGCUGUACGACCACUGGAACAAGCCCAGGUCCGCCAAGUGGAUGCUGAUGGUGUUCUGGUGCUUCUUCAUCAUCAUCUCGGGUACUUUCCUCAUGGUCUCUGGAACAUAUGGAUCCGUGGUCGGCAUCAUUGAUAGCUACAACAAGUCUGGAGGUUCCGCGGCCUGGAGCUGCGCGGAUAACUCCAACUCUUCCUAG